AUGGCCCAUGUUGCAACCUCUGCAGAGGAUGCGAGACACCCCCCGCCCAUCCCUCCCUCGCCGACGCUAUCGAACCCGGAUAUGAUCCUGCCAUUCGACGGCAACGAGCGCGAAUCCUCCACUCCAUCACCUCCAUUUAACCUACCGUCCCUGUCCCACCUGCAGUCCUUCUACGGACCUCGAACCGCGUCCACUGAUUUCGCCGGCGAUUCCACCAGAAACGGUACCUACGCGCCCGUCUACCGACCGCAAAAGAAGGGGUUCCCGCGCCACACGUGGCUGCACGAGGGUCACGAGGCCAGUCGUCGCUUAUCGGAUAUCGGAGAGGAGGAUACGCCGUCCCCGGCAUCAUAUUUGGGCGGAUUUUCGAAGAAUGCACACGUUGUGACCAGCUCCCCCGUGCCAUAUCGCGUCGCGGAGGACAACGAGAAUAAGGAUGCCGGUGCGUGGAGUAGCUCGUCUAGCUCGACAAUUAGUGCCACUAGCGAAACCUCUUCGGAAGGGACUAAGGGGCGUGCACAAGGCCAGAGUGUUGUGUCUCAGGAGGUUGACAGCAUGAAUAAUGAUCAAUUGAGGCAAACCAUUCGGGCCAUUGAGACUGGCACCAAUGGUGACCCUUCGCGUCUGAGCGUGGUGUCGACCACGGAGGAAGGGAGUCCGGCCGAUGAGCUGUCAUCCGUGAUUUUAAGCAGCGAGGCGGAAAGAAUUCUCGAAAAUGCAAAGAAGCGACUCACGCUCAUGGAAGGUAAUCUGACGCGGGCCCGUUCAUCGGUGCGCGUCUCCCCGUCACUGCCGACGUCGCCAACGCCGUCCGGCAAUCAGCCACUCGGACUUGGUCAGCCAGUCGGCGGCCUGUACCAAUCGAUCUCUCGGGCUGAUCGCAGGGUGUCCACGCUACGCCCUCGUGCAACGUACUCGGCCUCCCAGGAUUCGUCGAACAAUCGCCAUUCGCGUGUGUAUAGCGAGACCACCCUUCCGUCGACGUCCCUGUCGAGUCUACCACCCGCCUCGCCCAGCCUGUCCCGGUCGAUGAGUGCUCUGGGAUCGAGCACCGCCUCCAAUUUCAACAACGAUGACCGAUCGUUUCAAUAUGCCCCCAACCGAGCGUAUCUCACCCAUCGCGCAUCUAUCAACUCCCUCCAGCCCGCCUCGCAAGAACAAAAACCCUCCGAUACCCCUCACGGCUUGGGGAUCUCGACACCGGAAGAAAAUGACCAGCUCUCGACUGUCGAUGAGUUCGAUUCGAGCUACCAAACCUAUGAUCCCCCAUCUCGCUCACAGUCGCAACUUCAGGUCCGAGACCUCCAAGAUCAGAUGAAGGGGCUGCACAUCAAGAUAUCUAGUUUGAAGGUCAAAACACAGGAGGAUAAUCUACGGCGACGGAGCUUGCAGAGCUUGCGAACCCCGAGUCCGCUCACCGCUGCGGAUCAUUGGUAUAACAACCCGCUGGAAACGAGGGAUCAUAGUAACCUGAACCCGGGGCGUGGACAUACCCCGGACUACGCUCGGGAACGGCGAUCCAACGAAUCCAACCGAGAGCGCGAUCAUGCUCGAUAUGGACAGGAAACAGUCGGCGCCAAUGGUACUGCACGGCCAAGCGGGCAACAUCACGCCCCGCCCGCUUCUCGAGCCCACCAACCAGCGGAGGAGGACGACAACCAGUCAGUGAUCGAAAGCCUCUACGAAGAUGCCCAGGAGGGAGAGUACGACACGGACGGCUCGUCGGGCUCGGAAAUCGACCGGGAAGCUCUGGAUGAAAUUCUGCGCGAGCCGUUGGACGACGACCUCCAGGAUCCCUUGGGAUCCUUCCCCCCCGUGCCCGUGAAUCAGGAUUCUCGGCCUCAUGAGGAACGCGAAGAUGCUUUCGACUACGAGCAUUUCAUUCUCCACAGUGCUUUAGGAAACUACACGCAGAACCGAAUGCGCAGGAAGAGUGAAGUGUCGACUUCAUCCGUCGAAACCACGCGACCUGCUCAAGAUAGCCAACCCCCCCGUCAUGCCCGGACGAACAGUGACGCGUCGGUUUCCACCAUGGCGACAUUCGCAACUGCUACAGAAGGAGAUCCCGAUGAUUUCGAAAACGUGCUGUACUGGGAUCGGAGAUUCAAUGCCGAAUUGCUUGCUCACCCUCAAUAUGCCGAAGAAGAGAACGGCGACGAGUCUGAGAAUAUGGGGACCCCACGAGCCAACCGGCAGCGAGAUAGCAACGAGUAUUGGCCUGCGGAGUCGCUCACGACACCCCAGCGGUCUGAAUCUACGACGACGGGUUCUGCCACUCCGACGGCCCUGGCAUCGACUCUCGUAUCGACGGUGCGAGCGGCCGCUAGCCCUCACCCCAACUCGGAGAAUAGCAACAUGGGUCUCAACAACGACGAUACGCGGCUGCUGGAGCAUCUGUUUCAAAGCCUGGGAGAUGUCUGCAUGGAUCUUCAGACCAUCACGACCUCUGCCGACCCGGAUCCCAAACAUGUGCGGCUGCUGCGGUGGCGAUUGGACGCGGCUCGACGCGUGCUGGACGGAGAGCUUGAUACUGAUUGA